AUGACCAACACGCCUCGGCAACGCCUCCUGAUGACGAGGACUCCCAGCAGGGGCGUGCAGUGGCGUAAAUUCCGGGUCGAGGCCCUGAAGGCGCGAGGCAAUAGCGCCAUCAAAAACUCCCUCACAGUGGGGGGAAUGUCCGGCAGUUCAGCCCCAGCUUGGAGCGCGAAACGGGAAAUCAGCCUGCAGAACGCAAUGGUCCUCGACUCCCCGGUCGCAGAUCACCCGGCAUAUGCCGCUCGAUCGAGAUUGGAUCGGCCUCGGCAACCUGGUUCACGGGACCGGUCUCACUGCGCUGCUUCCAUGCUGCAUGGAACGCUGCGGGGGACGAGCCGGGUCCCUGGUGUCUUGGAUGACCGGCACAUUCUGACCUGGUCGAUAAACGGCGAGCAAGUGACUCGAAUCCCGAACAGUGCCAGACAAACGGCGGCGGUACUCAACACAAUGCGCUUGUUCUGGCUCCCGUUCGGGCUCCCGUUCGGAGCCUCGAAGGGGGUCCCGGAGCCGAAAUCGACUGCCAACUUCAAACAAGGCAGGUCAGUCGAGGGAGGGAGGAGGGAGGGGGCUACGACUCGGGAACGCUCCACGUCGCACCUCACGGCUCGCAGUCCGCGGGCCGCAAAUCGCAACUCGCUAACCCGGGGCUGA